CGCAUUUAACUGUAAAAGUGAUCAGUUAAGCAAAGGUCUCAUAAAUUUCUUUUUCUACGUCCUUGAUUAUUAUUUAUUAAGUCAAUAAAGAUACUAUUUGAGCAUAAUAUUAUGGAUAAGAAGGCAUAAAUACACUUCUCAUUGCGCCAGACAAAUGAUAAACCCAAAUUAGUGCCUUUAAAUAAACAAAAGAACUAUGCAUCCUCUUCUAAUUGAAUACAAGAGAGAUGCAUGAUUAAAUGUUUCGCUUAGAAAUGUCUUCUGUAAACUAAUACUGCUACUUUCGGUUUCAAAGAACAAUCACUAUUGUAACAAAAAGGAUCCCAAACUCCUUGUUAUUGCAUAUAUUACAAUGACGACGUCCGAACUUGAAGGUGGUCGAUUCGAUUUCGACGAUGGUGGAAGUUAUGUUGGUGAGUGGUGUGAAGGAAGAGCACACGGACUUGGUAUAGCUACUGGGCCAGAAAAUCAAGGUGAAUAUUCAGGUGAAUGGAAUAUGGGUUUUGAAUCUCGAGGUGUAUAUAUAUGGCCAAGUGGAAAUAUUUAUAGUGGUACCUGGCUCAAAGGUAAACGUCAUGGUGAAGGUGUGCAAAUUAAAGGACGUUGGGUAUACAGAGGAUCAUUUACCACUGGAUUUUGUGGUCGUUAUGGUAUCAAGGAAUCUCUAACCAGUUGCGCCAAAUACGAAGGAAGCUGGCAUUUAAACCAGUUUGAUGGUUUCGGAGUAGAAACAAAUUCUGAUGGAAGUAUAUAUGCUGGAGCAUGGUCUAAAGGUAUGCGUCAAGGCCUUGGUGUUCGACGUUCAGCACCCUAUGCCCUGGCAGCUGAAUUUAAUCGUACAGUACGUGCAGCCCAGUCACAAAAUAGUUUACCAUCAGGCACAGAUUCAGAGCGUGGAUGGAGGGGUACAAAUAGCUCCGGAGGAGGAAGUGGUGGUGAUGUUAGGAAUAGUGGAGAGAGAGGACGUCCAGAUGAACGCAGAAGUGGAUUUGUGUUGCGCUCCACAUCUUGUCCUUUACCAUCCUCACAAUCAAAUACUUCUAGAAGUAGUUCUUCAGGUUAUCGAAGUGCUACACCAACAACAGAGAAAAAGUCGCUUUUUAAACGAGGUAUUUUUCGGAAAUUGCGGAAGCAGAAAUCAACUGGUGACCUAUCUAUGGUAGGAGGAAGGACAGUUGGUACAUUUUCCACAUGUGGAAGUGGAGGUGGUGGUUUAUUUCAUAGUCGGGGGCGUCGACCAGGUGGAUCCUUAAGAUCAAAUAUCAGUACUUCAAGCCAGAUAACAACAAAUUCAUUUGGUCGUGGUGACGUAAAAGGUUUGGGAAAUGGUGGACAAGGUCUUCAUGAAUUUAUGGACGAGCCAUUAGGACCAAAUGUAACUGAAACCUACAGUGGUCAGUGGAAUGAAGAUAGACGUUCUGGAUACGGUGUUGCUGAACGUUCUGAUGGACUAAAGUAUGCUGGAGAGUGGUUUAAUAAUAAAAAGGAUGGAUAUGGAGUAACUUAUCGUACAGAUGGAACGAAGGAAGAAGGCAGAUACAAAGAAAACAUACUUGUCCAGGCCCUGAAUAGAAAAAGCAAACUCUUUAUGCUUCGGCAUACGAAGUUACGUGAUGCUAUUGAAGAAGCAGUAAAAAAUGCUGAAGAUGCAGCAAAGAAGGCUCAGGAAAGUUCAUACGAAUCAGCUUAUCAAAGAGCUCAAACUGCACGGACAGUUGCUGGCACAGCCGAUGCACGUGCACGCGAAGCUCGUAAACUGUCUGAAGAGGCAAGAGCCAUAGCACGAGAAUUUUCCCCGGAAUUUGUUCAGUUAGGACUGCAAUGGGAAAAACAAAAUCCAUUAAUGAAAAAAGAUAUUUUCGGGUAUAGCUCGAAUCGUGAGGAGGAUAUUAGUACUGGGAACCGAAGACCAGAUCAUAACAUUCUGCAUACACAAGGUAUGGUCAAAGAGAAUACACUUGGUCCGGAUAAUUCAGCCCAAAUUGGUAAUAGUUUAGAAGUAAGCGGUGGAAGUCGUCAAGGCAGUUUUCGUUCCAGUUUCCGCCGACGUGGAAAUACAACUCAAGGAUUCCAACAAAAUGAACAGUAUUCAAAUGAUAACUUCAAGUAUCAAGAUGAAGUGCACGCGUCUAAUCCUAACAUGGAUUCAAAAAGAUAUUAUUCAAAAGAAUUCCAUGGGACUGGGAAAGAUAACUAUGUGAAUGCCGACUACAGAGGUCAGGUUAACCAACAAAAUGCUGUAUAUGGACAGCAAAGAAGUCCAGCUGGUAGACCUAUAGCUAGAGCUGCUACAACUGGAUUUACUGGCUUAGGCUAUUCACCGUCUGAACAACAACAGUUUGCUCAGCACAUGGCUCAACAUCCUCAUUCUCCUUACCUCAUGGCUUCUACCAGUCAACAGUUAGAUAUUCAAAUGGAACCACAGAUUAAUUCCAAUCGAGGAUUUGAAUAUGGGACAAUGCCUCGUACUCGUAACAAACCUACAGAAACAGCAUCUCUCCAUUCACCAACUGUUGAUUGUGCAAGACUUAUCAAAGCAGGUGUGCAUAGGUCAACUGAAAUCCGAAUAGGCACUAGCCAACUUGUACAGCCAUCCGAAACCUAUCGUGCUCAUGUAGGUUAUGUGAAUGACAUUCAUGACCAUAACUUCCACAAUAUGGGAAUGAAUAUCAAUGGUGAAAUCAAUAAUGAAGAGUCGCUCAUAGACAACUGGGAAGAGGAAUCUAUGUUAUCGAAGGAGCCUAGCUCACCACCUGAAACACCACUGACUUCCAUAAACAAGGUUCGACGGAGAACCCUACCAUCUAUAAUGACAGAACCCCCAAUCCAAACCACCAGAAAUGCUUGUAUUAAACCAGGAUCACAACUACCAAACUCUAGAAUGAAUACGACUACAAAGGGAACAACGCAUAACUCAAACAUCGGUUGUGUUAUAGAUGAUCAGACUGUACAUAGUGCUGAGAAUUUACCGGCUGAUGCAGCUGCAACUUACAUCAUAGAGAAUGGAAUUCGUAAACGCGUUCAGGCUGAAACCCACAAUCGCCAACAAAAUCAACGCAAUAAAGCAUCCACAGGACCAUCUCAAAAAGUAUCAGAAACCGCCUACUUGGAAGGAAGCAGACCAGAAUGGACCACGGCAUAUGAUCCAUAUAGACCGGCAAUGGAAAACACCGGAGUUGUUACAGUCAAUAGGACUGGAGCAAAUAAACAGCAUUAUCCAGAAACAGAAGACUUAAUGCCACUUCCUAAAUCAUACCGUAUUGAAUCAAUAAUUCACCUCCCUGGUACAACAAAAGAAGCUAGUAUGCCAGAUAUUUCUGUAAUUCGUAGUCAUGCAACUGGUCAGUAUGAUAGUCCAUCAAGACGUAGAGCUGUUCAACAUCCUGUUUCCGGAGAACUUACUCGUGAAGAAGUUGCACGUUUAAGUCAGGCCAGAAGACAAGAAUUAUAUCAUGAAAUGGAAAGACGAAAACGAGGUGAAAUUGUAAUCCGUCUAGCUGAUAUUAAGGACUGGAUUCGUGCUAAUUUCGUCAUCGUUUUCGUUCUACUGAUCAACGCUAGCUUGGCAUUUUUCUUUUUCAACUUGUUAACUGGAAAUUCAGAUCAGCCUAGUCAAUCUGGUAGGCAUACUCAAAAUCUUGGUAGUUCACAACCGAGUGAUUCAAAUGUAGCUGCAGUCAAAACAAUUAAAACAGCGAAGAAAGUUAUUUCAGCAGCUAUGAAAACUAAGCACCAUGAUGCAACUGGACAACAAAAACCAUAA